UAUACUUACCUAAUGUGUGCUUUUUCUUCAUAUUUCAGUCUGAUAGUGGAGGAGCCUUUAAAGGUUUUAAAGGUUUGGUCGUACCUUCUGGAGGAGGAUUUUCUGGAUUUGGUAGUGGUGCUGGAGGGAAGCCUCUGGAAGGACUGUCGAAUGGAAACAGCAUAACUAGUGCCCCUCCCUUAACUAGUGCAAAGGCAGCAACAGAGCCCAUGGCAGCCUUUGGUUCUAUUGCUGAAAAUGGCCCUACCACCUUGGUCGAUAAAAAGAUUUCAGAUCUCAAAACUAACGGUGACAGUCAGCAGUCCUCCUCCUCUGGCCUUGCUGCAAGUAAAGCCUGCGCUGGGAAUUCCUAUCACAAGCAGUUGGCUGCUUUGAACUGCUCUGUUCGGGAUUGGAUAGUGAAGCACGUGAAUACAAACCCGCUCUGUGAUCUGACACCUAUCUUUAAAGACUAUGAGAAAUAUUUAGCGAAUAUUGAACAGCAACAUGGGAACAGUGGCAGUAGUAACGCUGAAAGUAAAACUAACAAAAUGUUGGUUGAAACACAGUCUCCGUCCCUAUUUGGUUCAACAAAACUACAAGAGUCAGCAUUUUUGUUUCAUGGCAACAAAAGUGAGGAUACAUCUGAAAAGAAGAUGGAGGUUGUGUCUGAAAAGAACAUGGACCCAUCGAUAGGAACAAGUGCCUCGUUUAAUUUUGGCAAGAAAAUCGAUAGUUCUGUUUUGGGCUCAUUGAGCUCUGGUCCCCUGACUGGAUUUUCAUUUUCCCCUGGAAACUCCAGUUUAUUUGGCAAAGAUAUCACCCAGAGUAAACCACUUUCUUCGCCAUUUUCCACUAAAACAUCAGAGAGCCAAGCUGAAGGUGGCAGUAAUGAAUGCAAAGGUGGAGAUGAAGAAGAGAACGAUGAACCACCCAAAGUAAUAGUUACUGAAGUAAAAGAAGAAGAUGCUUUUUACUCCAAAAAGUGUAAACUAUUUUACAAGAAAGACAAUGAAUUUAAAGAGAAGGGCGUAGGUACUCUGCAUUUAAAACCUACAGCAAAUCAGAAGACACAGCUUUUAGUGCGGGCAGACACCAAUUUAGGCAACAUAUUACUGAACAUUCUGAUUCCACCCAAUAUGCCGUGUACCCGAACAGGGAAAAAUAACGUACUUAUUGUCUGUGUUUCAAAUCCACCAAUCGAUGAGAAGAAUGCCACCAUCCCAAAUGCCACCAUCCCAGUUACCAUGUUGAUUCGGGUAAAAACUAGUGAGGAUGCAGAUGAGUUGCACAAAAUUAUACUGGAGAAAAAGGAUGCCUGAACACAUGAAGCUCGCUGAGGAAUUAUUGCCAAGUUGCUGCUUACCCCAUCGCCCCUUAAAUUAGUCAGUUUUUCUUCUCACUUUGACAUUCUAAGAACUUAUAGAUAACUAAAAACUUUUGUGAGGAAGAUUAAUAUGGCCAAUAAAACCUUUAAGUGUUUAGUGUCAAGAAACUGUAAUCGCCCUUCUUAAGAACUGUCUAAUGUGUAAAAUACAUUUGAAUGAAAUUUUUUGGAAGAUUUUUUAAUGUUCGUUUGUUUAUUAAACUAACCAUAAGUGAUUUCCUAAUGGACUGAAAUCAGGGUACCAAUUAGCUUUCCCAAAGGCUAUUCCAAUCCAUGGUUGUUAGGGUCUGCUGCCACCACCGUGGCAGUGUCCUGGCUGUAUCUGGAAAGAAACUUGCCUGUAUGGUUCUUCUCUCCUGUGUGCUUGACUGAUUUGUGAAACUAGCGCUCUUACCAAAUGAACCGUGCUGCCAUGCUGUGACAGAUGUUUGUCCUUUGCUGUAUGUUAUUAACUUUUAUUUUUAAGCUGAAAUGUGAGUACUAAAUGUUCACCUUCAGCAUUAGAGUCAUUAGCCUGUUAUUUGCAGACAUUGCGUUAACCAUUUUAAGAGGAAAUCAGUAACUUGUGGAGUAAGUAGCUCUUUGCUUUUGUAGAUUUGCUUUUAUACUUUUUCUUCAUGAGGUGCUGUUACUUCUUUAUCCUCCUAAAGACAAUUAGGAUAUAGAGGGAUUGCCAGGAAUGGGUUUUAAAAGCACAAAUUUGGUAGUUCAUGGUUUCUAGACCAUGACGGUAAACCCUUAUGAAAAGAAAGUUAAGUCAAAGUAGAACCGUACUAGAAGAGGAGGGUAUGAUGCUUGUAGUCAUUUCUAAGAUGAUGAACUCCAUGGAUAUAAAAACAGUUUAUUACUUAAAUACACAGGAGCUUUGAUUACACAUGAGCCAAGUGAAUUCACUAGGAAACCUGUAACAAGGUGUAAUGGAAAAGAAAAUUGUGUGUCUAUUUUGCCUUUAACUUUAGACAACAGUAUAUUAUACAUUCAAUAUCUGAAAUAUCCAUUUACUUUUUUAAGAAUAAGAUAUUCAGUAUGUCCAUUUGGAAGGGAGCUGUGAUUAUGCACAAGAAUAUCCAUGUCACUUCUCCAGAGCUGUCAGGUAACUAACACUAGCGUCCUCUGAAGACUGGACACACGAUAGAUGCAAGAUUUAAUGUUUAAAUUUCUACUUUGAUUCCUCAUGAAUUGAUCCUGGUACCAGAUGAUCUUGUUUAAAGGC